AUGUACAGUACCGCGAACUCGCCACAGGGUGACCGCGACGGAGAGAUCGAAGACGAGGAGCAGCACUGCGAUGAGGAGGAGCAGCCAUCAGAGGGUCCGGCUCGCCCACACGGGCAGAGGUGGCAGCUGAUUGAACAGCAACAUCAGCAGCGGUGGAAGGAGCUGGAGCUACAACAUCAGCAGCUAUGGCAGGAGUUGGAACACCCAGGUCACGAAGAAAGAGUGAGGAUGGACAAAGAGCAUGAAGAGGAGCGUCGACAUCUGGAGCAGAAACACGGUACGGAGUGGCAGAACCUGGAAGAACGUCACUAUGAGGAGCGUAUUGCGAUUCAUCAGCAGCACAGCGAGGACACUGGAUGCCUGAACAUGCCGACUGAGGACCAGUUAAGGCAGCUGGAUUGCUCCCACCAACAGCAGUGGGAAAAUCUCCAGCACACACUACAGCAGCAGUGGCAAGAGCUGGAGCAGAGACACCAGAGAGAGUCACGAGAGCUGGAGGAGAGACACCCGAACACAGGCUCUGAAGAGAAGAAGAUUCGGCUGCUGGAGGAGUGCAGCAACAGACGUCACGAGCUGCAGGAGGAGCUGCAGAAGGAGCUGGAGAAGGAGUUGGAGAGGCAGAAAAAGGAGGAGUUGAAGGAGGAGCUAAAAAAUGAGCUAAGGGAUGAGCUAAGGAAGGAGCUAAGGGAGGAACUGAAGAAAGAGCUAAAGGAGGAGUUAAGAGAGGAGCUGAAAAAGAUGCUUUGUGAGGAGCUUCAGCAGCAGCAGUGCCCUGCUGAAGACCGGCCGCCGAGGGCCGUCGGAGGCGAGGCCAGUGGUGAUCAGCGGCGCGGCUCCGACCUCCGUCCCGCCCCCCGGACGGAGGCGUGUCCGGCCCGUCCGGCCGGCAAGCGGCGGCACCAGGAGCCGCCGGCAGCGGACGCCGGCCAGCCGCCGGCCGCCAAGCGGGCUCGUCCGGACGUCUCCACCAUCACCACCGUCUCCAGUAUGACCAUCACCAUCACCAUCACCAUCACCAGCACCACCGGCUCCGGGAACAAACACGUCACCAGCAUGCCCAUCAUCUACCAGCACCACCAUCACCAUCACCGCCACCAGCACCACCGGCUCCGGGACCCAGCCCGCCACCAGUCUCCGUGA